CAACUUUGCAUGGUAGGACCAACCCCACGUGAACACCAAAUUGCUAAAAUGCAUGAAGAAGAAAGUCAGCCAGGUCCUACCAAUCUCUUUCCAUUCUUCUUUCACUUCCAAUCUUCUUCAUUUCAUCUCCUAAUCAUAAAUUUCAGGGCCAGCACCACAUAUUUAGAAAGUCCAAAUUCUUUUCUUUAAUAAACUAAUGUGGAUUUAAAAGAAAAAAUAAACAGAAAUGACCAAAUUUUCAUACGCAUUGAAUCCCCUAUAUAAGCCCACAUAAUUCACAUUUUUUCAUCCCAACUUUCACUGAUUUGAUCAUUUAUACCCACCCGGCCCCCCUCCAAAAAUCUGAUCAGCCCUUUUAAUUUUCUUUCUCCACAUCAACCAAAACCAUGAGCUCUUCUUCUAAUCAUCAUCCACAUAAUAAAGGUAAUAACAAUGGAAUGAAGCAUAAUCUCAACAAAAAGAGAUUAACCCAAGAUCAAGUUAGGCUUUUAGAAGCCAAUUUCACCUCCAACAAGAAGCUUGAGCCGGAGAGGAAGCUCCAGUUAGCCCGGCAACUCGGCGUUCCGCCGCGGCAAAUCGCAAUAUGGUACCAGAACAAGAAAGCCCGGUGGAAGAACCAGAGCCUGGAACUGGAUUACAGCGCGCUUCAACUCAGGCUGGAAACCGCAUUGGAUGAAAAAACCCAACUGGAGAGAGAAGUGGCUCAGCUUCAAGCCGAGCUUCAGCGGACAAGGGAAAUCUUGAUGGGUGUUAGUACUCAACAAGGAUUGGUGGUACAACAGUUGCAGCAAGAUCAACAGGUUCCGCCGUUCUCGUCUUUCUCCGGCGGCGGCUGCGGCGGCGAUGAAGGCGGUGGGUCGACAGGAAGUUUGCAUGAGGAUUCGUGGCAAAAUGGUGGAGGGCAUCAUCAUCAUCAUAAUCAACAUCAGGGAUUACAGUUUGAAGAGCUUUGUGCUUGGUUGAUGGGAUCGGAACAAGGUGCUACUAAUUCUACACGUGCUUCAAUUGGGCAGCAUGAAAAAGUUUUUCUUGUUUAGAAUUGAUGUUUGUAGUUAUAAUUUAUAAAAAAAGGUAAAUUAUUAUGAGAAAGAGUUAAUCAGUUAAGUCGUCCCUCACAAGUGUAAAAAAAAUUACUACUACUUUGUUUUUUGUUUUUCAUUGAAAGAGGAGGAAGGGGGGAGUGAACAUUUUGUUGUUCACAUUUUUAUAAAUGUGUUACAAAUCGGUCUUCAAUCAUUUGUCAGUCUUGUGAUUCAUCACCUUCUUUUAGGUCAAAUAUUGUUUCCGUUUAUCGGGAAUUACAAAUGUGAUCAAGAGGCGAUGAUUAUCAUUGAACUGGCAAAUGAUUUGUAAUUCCAGCAUUCCAAAAAGUGGAUGGGUAGCUUCCUACUUUACUUUCCUUGACAUGAUGCUAGAGUAGUUUUUCACUGUGAGGGACGAUUUUAUUGAUUAAUUCUUAUGAAAAUUACGAAUCACAUUAUGGAUGAAGUAAAUUUUGUCUGAUAAAUAUAAAAAUACUCCAUCCGUCUUAUUUCAGUAAGAGUAAUGAUUGGUACAAGGAAAAAAUGACAAGCGAAAAUAACAAGGACAUGAUCUCAUUCAUCCAUUGUUAAAACUUUUCAAAUAGGAUUUAUGCAUUUAAAGUUAUAGCAUAGUUAAGAUCUUUCAAUCACUACUCUUUCAGUAAUUCAUUUUACUGAAUUGUCUUUUACCACCGGUCUUAAAAAUAUCUGAACUCUUUGGUCCUGGGUUGAUGACUAAAAAUGUCCAUAUAAGACAAAGCGAAGGGAUAAGCAAAUUGUUUUUUAUUUGAGAGACAAAAUCACAUUCGUAGCUAGACUGAAACCUAUAAAUGUAUCCGCUUUUAAUGUGAUGGAGGGUUUAGUUAACUAUAUCCUGUUCUACGCAAAAACAUCAAACCAG